CCUUCCCUUCCCUCCCGCUUUCCUCCUUCCAUUCCUCUCCCUUUUUAAUCCCUCUUUCAUUAUUUAUCUAUAUAUAUAUAUAUAGGAUAUACAUAAAUUUAUUUUUAAAUUAAUUAAUUAUUAUGGAUUACCACCAAUUCCUUCUCCUCCGCUCUCUCCUCCUCCACUCGGAUCCAUGGCCUCUACCUCCUCUCUGAUAUCAUCCCGCAAUUAGGGUUUCGUUCUCCGGCGAUUCCUCCCCCUGGAUUAGGAUUAGAGUUGGGGUUUCGGAUUCGAAGAGAAAGACUGGAGCAAGAUGUUCAACAGGAUCAUAAAGCGGGGAAACCGCAAGGUUCCCAAAUCGGACGCCAGUGAGCCGGUCGUCUACCCCUACGGCGCCGCCGCCGCCGGGGCCGCGGCGGCGGUAUCCGCCUCCAACGUGACCGUCAACCACGCCUCCCGCACCACCCUCUCCUCCUCCGUCCCCGGCGGCGGCGGCGGCGCCCCACUCAACUCCCACCCCCAGGCAUCCUCCGGCGCCGCCGCCGCCGCCGCGCAGAUCGAGGCUGUCCCCCUCUUCCGCGACGUCCCCGUUCCCGAACGCCAGGCCCUCUUCCUCCGCAAGCUCCAGAUCUGCGCCGUGGUCCUCGACUUCACCGACACCCUAAAAUCCGCCCGCGAGAAAGAGGCCAAGCGCCAGACCCUCCUCGAGCUCGUCGACUUCAUCCAGUCCGGCUCCGGCCGAAUCACCGAGCCCGUCCAAGAAGAGCUUGUCCGCACCGUCGGCGUCAACAUCUUCCGCUGCCUCCCGCCGGCCUCCCAUGAGAACACCGGCUCCGAGAGCGCCGACCCGGAGGAGGAGGACACCUACCUCGAUCCUGCCUGGCAACACCUGCAGCUCGUCUACGAGCUUCUCCUCCGCUACGUCGUCUCCUCCGAUACCGACACCAAGGUCGCCAAGCGCUACGUCGAUCACUCCUUCGUCCUCCGCCUCCUCGACCUCUUUGACUCGGAGGACCCCCGCGAGCGCGACUACCUCAAGACCAUCCUCCACCGCAUCUACGGCAAGUUCAUGGUCCACCGACCCUUCAUUCGCAAGGCCAUCAACAACAUCUUCUACCGCUUCAUUUUCGAGACUGAGCGCCACAGCGGGAUCAGCGAGCUGCUUGAGAUCCUCGGCAGCAUCAUCAAUGGCUUCGCGCUGCCAAUGAAGGAGGAGCACAAGCUUUUCCUCGUCCGGGCUCUCAUUCCGCUCCACAAGCCGAAAUCGGUGGGCAUGUACCACCAGCAGCUCUCCUACUGCAUUACCCAGUUUGUCGAGAAGGAUUAUAAGCUCGCGGACACGGUCAUCCGUGGUUUGUUGAAGUACUGGCCCGUCACCAACUGCCAAAAGGAGGUGCUUUUCCUCGGAGAAUUGGAGGAGGUUCUGGAGGCAACGCAGCCCGCUGAGUUCCAGCGAUGCAUGGUUCCUUUGUUCAAGCAAAUUGCGCGCUGCCUCAAUAGCUCUCACUUCCAGGUUGCUGAACGGGCCCUAUUCCUCUGGAACAAUGAUCACAUUGUGAGCUUGAUUGCCCAAAACCGCAGCAUCAUCUUUCCCAUCAUAUUUGAAGCUCUGGAGAAGAAUAUGCAGGGCCAUUGGAAUCAGGCGGUUCAUGGCCUGACUGCAAAUGUCCGUAAGAUGUUCCUGGAGAUGGACAAUGAACUGUUUGAAGAGUGCCAACGACAGUACAUGGAGAAAAAGGAAAAGGCCAAAGCCUUGGAAGAGCAAAGAGAGCUAGCUUGGAGAAGACUGGAAGCUGUUGUCGCAGCCAAGGCUGCAGGGGAGGAGAUGAUCCUAGUCAAUUAGGCAAAUUUGUGCCCUUCUAAGUUUUUCUUUUCUUUUUCUUUUUUAGUCUGCUUACCCUUGGUAUUGUAACGUAUAAUGUAUCAUUUGUGGAUAUGCCUUAGAUUGUGAACAGUUUCCAAGAUUUUUUGGCAUUUCAAAGAGAUGCGUAUUAUCUUCAAAGCUCUUUCGUCUUGCUUUUAUUCGUUUGCUUCAGCCAUGACAAUCCUUAAACAGGCACUGUAAAUACAUGUGGAAAUAUGAUUUCA